UUUGCGUCAACAGCUGAUCGUCAGCGCUGCGCCACAUGUUGAUAAAGCACGCUACCUUGGCAUCACCUUGUUCUCAAUGUUUGAGUAGCACUAGGCAACAAACCAACAGAGAUGCCCAAAUACUGUUCUGUUCCAAGUUGUAAAACUGACGCUACAAACGAAAACAAAAGGAAAAGCUAUUAUAAGUUCCCUCUACACGACUAUGAACGGCUACAGCAGUGGUUGAGAAACAUGGGUCGGGAAGGCUGGAUGCCGUCUCGACAUCAAUAUAUCUGCCACGAACAUUUCACAGAGUCCUCCUUCAAAGUAUCGUGGGGUAUCCGUUACCUUGAGCACAAUGCUGUUCCAACCAUCUUCAGGUCAUCUGAGAAACGAAAAGAUGUGGAGCUUGACGAGAAGAAGUGUAAAUAUCGACGAAGUAACAGAAAUCUGAGGGUGGCUUUACCGGACUUAUCGGAAGACACAGAGCGGUACAAUAUCAUGGAUACACUCCACUUUUAUGACAUGAACGUAGACCCCUCCCAGUCCGAGACAACCCUAUUGGUGGAAGCCCACGAGUACCCAGAAUCCCUUGGGGGUUUAAAAACCGACCCACCAGCGGAAACAUUUGAUAUGCAUGCUGUCCUGUACCACACGGUGGAGGGCUUGACCUGUCUCAACACCGAGGGGAAUGCAGAAGUCCUCGUUGUGUCAGACUUCUCCGAAGUGCAAGAGCAACAGGUCAAUGGAUUUACAAACGGUCAGGAACUUCCCACAGCAGACGCCACACUCACCCUGACCUCUCCCUGUCUGCCCCUCAAAUAUCUCCCCUCCGGUGGGGUGGACGAGUCCUCGACGGCCGACCGAGAUCAAGUCACCCAAGUCAUUGCCUACUUUGAGACGAUCCCAAACGUGUUAACGGUGAACGGCCAGUUCAGUCCCCCCCCCCCUGAAACGGUGUUGUCCUCCGCUCUCGGCUUCAAGCCCAUCGCCUCCACCGUCCCCAUCGUCUCUAAGUAUCUGCACCCCCUCCCCACUUCUCUGGGGACUGGAGUGGGGACAAUGGAUGCAGAAGAAGAAGACAACGGAGAGAAGCCAAAUGUGGACUGCAGUACGAAGGAACAGCUGGAAGAACACUGCUACUUCCGCAGCAGCCGGCUGAGCAAGGAGCAGCUGGAGGCGGUGGUGUCGGAGCUUCAGAGGAAGGUGACGGUGCUGCAGCAGCGCCACCGCAGACACCUGGACAAGCUGCUGGGCCUGGAGUCCACCGUGAGCCAGCUGCGCCAGGACAACCUGCUGCACGAGGAGCGGCUGCAGCUGCUGGAGAAGGCUUAUUUACAGACCAGUGCAGCUGUUUCUGACGCCGGGGAAACCGUGGCGAUCGUCUAUGAAUAUGAAAGCGGUGCUUUCUUUCAAAGUCCUUUAAGUGAUGAAGAUGAAUGAUGAAGAUAAACGAGGAUUUGUACCCUACAGACCAUGGUGUUUGUGUUUGACUGUUAAAAACCGGCUUGAAUAAUGAACUCUGUCUAUAAUGAAAUGCUCGCUAGUUUCCAACAUGACUUUGAACCUCUUCUAGGAUUUGAAUGGAUUAGAUUAGUUUUGUUUUUUUGGGGUAAAUUUCCACUAAUCUGGUAAUAAUCUAGUGAUUCUUUCUUUUUGAGUUUGUCAUAAAAAUAUUGGCUGGUUUGUUUGGUUUUGAAAAUGAAAUUCUAUGUUUGUUGGUAAUUUUAAUUUAAGGUUGAGCAAAUAAUCAAAAAAAUAUUUAGGUACUUCUUUGCUGAUUUUUGUGGGACCCCUGCUCUUUACUCUGUAAUACCUGGAACCAUGUGAUAUAAUCACUGUUUCAUCCUUCCAUUUCAGAGAUUAAAGCAUUCUUUCUUCCAAUUCCAAUCACUAA